AUGACGCUUGUCUCCGAUCAAGUACGGCGGCUGGAUGCCUACCUUGACCGUCUUCCAGUUUUAUCCGAAGUUGCUUCAGAGGAUGAUCAGUCAGAGACCGAAGAGCAUGGGUUUGCUGUAGCUGCUGCCUUCUCAUCACCGCGUCUUGAUCACUUGCUCCGUACCAUCCAGUCGUUGAGCACUACAUCAUCCUCGCAACCUCUUCUGCCGGCAUGGCGCAUCAGGGAUCUUCUCAUAUCAUCUGAUAUCCCUGCAUCUGCCCACCUCUCAGUGAGAGAGACACAGCCAGGCGAUGAGGCCAAAAGCCCUUAUGAGAAUGAGCUUGAGUGGCUGCUUGUGAGUAAGGCCACCAUUCAACUCCAUGGCGUUGUUCUCAACACACUCCUGGAUCAAAUUGUACCUCUCAACGAUGACAUCUGGUACUGGGAUGAUGUUUUAGGCUCGUAUUCCUACAGCAGCCUAUAUGCUGUUCAGAGUUCGCCUUUGCGUGUCUGGGCAUGGUCUCAAGAAGUCUACACUGCAACCAAGUUGCGCGUUCAAGCUGGUUCUCUUCAUCAUGCCCCAGGUGAACUCGUGGAUUCCACGACAUCAAGUCUGUCGCAGCAGUGGACGCAGUUUUAUGGUAUCGUGCAUGAUAGUAUCCGAGAACGAUCAAUUGCCAACAUUCAACGAAGAGUUUUGUCGCCUGUCGCGUUAUCUCGAUCCGAAGCACGACGCAAACAGGCACAGCUCAAGAAACUUCGUGAGAUAACGGCAAGUGGACUUGGUGUAUUGAUGGAUGAAGGCUUGCAAUUCGGCCUCGACGAUGAUAAGGCUGAGCUUCAGGACCAUCACGAUCUGAAGGGCGUCGUGGAACGUAGUGUUGCGCUUAUCGAUAUGGUUCUCAAGGAAGUUUCUACUCUCGACGUCAAUAUUAGCGAUUUUGAGGACAAGGUUUUUGCUGGUGUCGAGGAAGACCCUGAACUUUCUGUUCACAUCGAAGACAGCAACACCGCGGAUCGUCCAGCCAUUCUAGCCCGACGACUGCUCACCAUUAUCGACAAAUCUCUCCCUGAACAUCUCUCUGCAAUGCACGCCCUGGCCAAGGAAAAUGGUCGACCGUCCACCCUAAUCCGAUAUUGGCUCCCUGCGAUUAUUGGUCUCCUCUCUUCGACAACUGUCUUGCGUAUACUGGUCAACCGGAAGGCCGAUAUCAUCGAGUGGUUCGUUGGAUUUGGUGAAACUGUUCGUGAUUUCUGGUUUAAUUGGGUUAUCGAACCCACGUCAAAGAUUAUCUCAACCAUUCGACAUGACAAGACCAGCGAGAUCGCCAUCAUGAGUAGGGAUAGUCUUAAGGCAGACCGUGAGAGUCUCGAGCGUAUGGUUGUUGACUUUGCCCUCGACAAGCCUCACUUUGCCAAUGAAACCGGUAGCACCUUGACCGAGACUCAAGUUGCUGACAUCCGACACAAGGUUGCCGAAGGCGACGUCACUCCAGUACUCCGGGCGUUCGAGAAGGAUUUGCGAAGCCCUUUCAUGGGCACUAUUCGUGGAGAUCUUGUUCGAUCACUCCUCAUUCAGGUUCAGAAGACAAAGGUUGACCUUGAGGUCGCCAUGACUGGCAUCGACUCCCUUCUCAAGAGCCAGGAGCUUGUCUUUGGUUUCGUUGGUCUUACUCCUGGUGUCCUCGUCUCUUAUAGCAUGUUCCAGUAUCUGCGCGGUGUUUUUGGCGGCCGCUCUGGCCAGCGCCAAACCCACAAAGCCGGCAAAGCCAUCCGUGUUCUCCGCAACAUCGAUCGUAUCCUCUCUGAGGCCCGACCUACAGAGACCAAUCUUCUCUCUUACAAGGACCACGGUCUCUUGCUUUCUGAAGUUCAUAUCCUGAGAGACCUCGUUGAUAAGCUCAUGCCCCGUGAGAUUGCGAGGGAGUUCCUUGAGGAUCUCGAUGAUUUGUCAAACAUGAAGGGUAUUCAGCUGCAGACUAGGGCGCUGGAGCGCAUUCGUUGGGCUUAUGCGAGAUGGCUUCACUAG